GAAGAGUUCAGCACUUUCACACAGUUUCCUUUCUUCUCUCUGGAGCUAGGGCGAGUGACCGGAGCGGCGAAGAUAGAGUCAGAUCGGAAGCGGAAGAAGGCGUCGACCUCGGCGGCGGAGAAGGAGAAGGAGAACCGCAAUAAGACUAAGAAGUCGAAGAUGUCGUCGUCGUCGUCGAAGACUGGUGGCGGUGGUGAGGUUAGGGCUUCGCACAUAUUGAUAAAGCACGAAGGUUCUAGAAGGAAGGCCUCGUGGAAGGAUCCAGAAGGCCGCAUCAUCAAGAGCACAACCAGAGAAAACGCGGUUUCUCAGCUCAAGGCCCUCCGCGACGACAUCGUUUCGGGCAAGGCCACUUUUGAGGACAUCGCCUCUCGCUUCUCCGAUUGCAGCUCCGCCAAGCGCGGCGGUGAUCUCGGUCCUUUUGGUCGUGGCCAGAUGCAGAAGCCUUUUGAAGAAGCAACUUUUGCUCUUAAAAUUGGUGAAAUAAGUGACAUUGUGGAUACUGACAGCGGAGUCCACAUUAUUAAGAGAACAAAAUGAGAUUAUUACGGAAUAAUCUCCUAAUAGGGAGAGACAUUAACAUCUGUAGAAGAUUUCCAGGAUUCUUGUUCAACUCAAGAUCUGUUGAUAUAUGUUUGAGACAUGGCGGUGUCAUGUUUUUGGAUGAUAUAUUGUUUUCUGACAAUUAAAAACAUGUGGUAUGCUUGUAAUUUUGAAAGACAUUUAUAAGGUUUGGAUUCUAUUGUCUUUGGGCUGGAGCUUCUCUCUUGCUGGGGACGGGAAUUUGUGGUUAAACCAGGUAA